AUAUGGACUUUGUUGGGACUUUUUAGGGUGCCCUAGCGCUUUGGGUGACGUUGAGUCGGUAGACUGGGCUCCCACUGUUAGCCUCGGUUACCACACAACAAGUAAGCCCAGAUCAGAGGCAUCUCUUCGACGAGAGCAGAGGAUGGAGCUCAAGGAAGACCAACAAAGACAAUCAGAAUGUGCAGAGGCUUUGUUGGAUCUCCUGCAGACAACCGAGAGCCCAGAACCGACGCAGCCCCCGUCUGACGGCCCACAACCAGAGGACACCAGUGGGAUAUUAAAUGACCAACAAGAUGCAGGAUGCCAGACUGAUUUAACGAUGGAGGACAUCGAGAGGAUGGAGGAUGUUCUGAGACAGAACACAACAGAGCUGGGAGAUCUUCGGACAAAGGCACUGGACACAAAGUUCAACCAGGAGUCCUUUGAGAACAACGAAGAGAAAACAAAGUUUUACACCGGGCUCCCCAACUUCUUAGUUUUACUUCAGGUUUUUCAACUGUGCGAGCCCUACAUCACCUGUGGCCCUAUGUCUGUGCUCUCCAAAUUUGAACAGUUCAUUUUAGUUUUGCUGAGGCUGAGACUAAAUCUCCCUCUGAAAGAUUUGGCUUUCAGGUUCAACAUCUCUCUCUCCACUGCUUCUAGAAUUUGGCAUAAGUUAAUUGACAUACUUCACGAGAGUACAGAAUUUAUAAUUGAGUGGCCAGAGCGACAUGUACUUCAAGCUACAAUGCCAAUGGGAUUCAGACAGGCAUUUGGAUGUAGAGUUGCUGUGAUUGGACUGUUUUGAAGUUUUUAUUGAGAGGCCCUCUAAUUUACUAGCUAGAGCACAAACAUGGUCCAACUACAAGCAUCACCAUACUGUUACAUUUCUGAUUGGUGUUGCUCCCCAAGGCUAUGUUACCUACAUAUCUUGUGCCUGGGGAGGAAGAGUUAGUGAUAAACAGAUCACAAUACAGAGUGGGCUCCUAAAAAACCUGUUACCUGGAGAUAUUGUCCUAGCAGACCGUGGGUUCGAUAUUGCCGAUAGUGUGGGAUUUUACUGUGCUUCACUAAAGAUGCCUGCAUUCACCAGGGGGAAAAGUCAGCUGUCAGCAUA